CUGCCAAUGAGGCUACAUUCUUAAGGGCUAUGCCUGUAACACUCUGCCUAUUGCCUAUUUUUGAACAAUCAGACCUUCACCAUCAAGCUCAAAAUGACAGACUUUAGAGAGAUUCUAAGGAACAUUGGGGAAUUUGGAUUAUUCCAGAAGGUCACUCUCAUUGCACUUUGCUUUCCACAAUUUGUUCAGACUUUUCUCUUUGCCAGUUUUGUUUUCAUCCAAUCAGAUCCAGACAGACACUGCAACACAGACUGGAUCCUCAGUGCUGCUCCUAACCUGACCUCAGAGGAGCAGCUCAACCUGACCGUGCCUCGGGAGGAGGAUGGGACCUUCAGCAAGUGUGAGAUGUUUGUCCCAGUGAACUGGGACAUUGAUACUAUCAGAGAGUACGGACUCAAUGAGACCACAGGGUGCCAGGAUGGAUGGGUGUAUGGGAACAUGCUCUACAAAGCCACCAUAGUCACUGAUUUUGAUCUAGUGUGUGGCCGGGCCAGCUUGGUGGAAGUGAUUCAAGCAAUGUUCAUGGCUGGAGUUCUUGUUGGUUCCCUCGUAUUUGGACAUUUUGCUGAAUCGUUCGGCCGCAAACGAGCAACUCAGAUUUCAGCAGUUCUGUUAUCUGUAUUCACCAUGACAACAGCUCUCUGUCCCAACGUCUACUUAUAUUUAGUAUCUCUGUUUUUGGUGGGAUUUGGAGGUGGAGGAUAUCAAGUCAACAGCAUCAUACUGUCCACUGAAUGGAUUGGGAUGUCCAAAAGAUCAUGGGGAGCUUGUGUGUCUCAGCUGUUUAGUGCAAUUGGACACUGCGUCCUCGCUGGUAUGAUCUAUGGCAUCCGAAACUGGAGACUGGCUCAGCUGAUCACAGCAGUUCCGCUUGCAGUUCUUAUGAUCUACAUAUGGUUUAUUCCAGAGUCAGCCAGGUGGCUGUUAAGCAGAGGCAGAAAAGAAGAAGCCAAACAGCUGAUUGUCAAAGCAGCAGCCAUUAACAAACACCCUGUGUCAGAGUCUCUUCUGGACAAGGUAGUGAAUCACAUUCAACAGGGGAGGAGUUUUCAAGAACAUCGAUGGCAUGUGUAAAAUACCUGAAAGCAAAAUGUUUCAUCUGUAAAACCCAAAAAGUUUAAACUUUAAAUAAUUGCCUUAAAUUUUUAAAGUUGAUUAAUUUAAAGGAUAAAGUUUAUUAUGUCACAUUUUCAUUACAUUUGACAUACACCUUUUGACUACAAUAAAACUAACAUAUUUAGUAAUUAAAUUAAAAAAACAUUCAGUAACGCCUACUUCAAGUUUUCAAUCAUGUGUCCCACUGGAAUAAGUUGACAUAACUUAAAAGAAAUUAGUACAAUAGUUACUUUUUUAGUUUAGUUACUUUGAAUGAUGACAGACUAAAUAAAGGUAUGUUAAAAGCAUGUUAGUAUUCUGGUGAGCUGUUUACC